GUUUUCAUUGAGCCCAGUCUUUGUUCUUUAGUAAAUAAAACAAUAAUACUACAUUGAUUCUAUCACUCACUAUCCUAGUAGUAAAGUAAUACAUAGUAAUAGUAAAGUAAAGUAACCAAACCAUGGCUGGCAACUAUUUGAUUGCUGGAGUUGUGGGAAUUGUUUUUGCUGUUGGGGUUGCUCUUUAUGAAGCAUUUAAGGAGAGGGAGAGCCGCAAAGAAAGACAAUAUGAUUUUUAUGGACAAAAUCGAAAAGAGUAUCUGCAUCGUGAUCCAAGGUCUCCCCCUGUGCAGAAACAAGCCGUAUGCGGCUCUUGUAGAGGACCAUUGGCUAAAGAAAACAUUGACAGACUGAGCUGUGGACAUAUAUUCCACAGUCGCUGUAUUGCUGGGAAAAAUUAUUGUCCUUUCUGCCAAAAAUUGAUUGAAACCCCUCGAUCUACCGCAAGUUCGCCUCUUCCUGAAGUAAAGUGUGAUUCUUGUAAUACUCAGGUUGGUUCAAACGAACUGGCUAAGCUCAACUGUGAUCAUGAAGUUCACAAAGACUGCCUGAAGAUGGGUUUCUGUCCAAUGCCACGCUGUACGUAUCUUAGGUCUAUGAAAGAACACCGCUGGUGAGGAAUAGAAAGUCGAUAUUAAGCACAAAACUGAUAUUAUGGAAUUUUGGCAAAGACCUUCUCUGAAGAAAACUGACUCCUAAGCUACACUGCCUUAAAACUGCUCUCUAUGAAUUAUUUUGUUCUACUAUGCAGUAGCACGUGCUGAUGAACUAAAAUAUUCUGUAAGUUUUAUGUUUGGGUUUCUGUUAUUACUUUGGGUCCAAGCAAAUGGGGAUAUAAAAUAUUGACAUUAACUGUUCAAACCUAUUUUGACAUCUAUACUGUAAGGUUUGAGUGCAUGUUUAUGGUUUUCUCUUAACUAACCCUCAUUUGUGAAGCUGCAUCUAUGUUUUUCGCUCUCUAUAAAUAUCUACAUAUAAACAUCUAUAUCUAAUUUUUUUUUUUAAGUGUCAAGCAAAAAGUUAACUUAUUUCUGUAUUAAAUUUACUAUAACUUACUCGCCUUAGGGAAUUUGUAGAACAAAAUCAAAGCUUUCAUAAUUCCUAAAUAUUAGUGUAAAAUUUAUAAACAAUAAUGUACAAUCAAUUGAGCUGAGUAAUUCAGGAUAUAAUAUACUGUAGAACUUUGACACAAGUGGGGAUUAUUAAUUAUUAAUGGGGAUUAUUAAAUAAAACUUAUUGUCAAGGUUGACUUCUUAUUGAGGUUUGCAGUGAGAUGAGGAGUAACGUAAAAUAAAAGGUAUUUAAAAAUGACACUUGUUAUCAAGGGUGGCUUGUUAGUAGGGUCCCUCUAUACUUUCCACUAUUAAAAUGAGCAGUAUCGGAUUCAGUUUUGUGAGUAGUUUGUGUUUUUGUUUCCCAACGUCCAGAAUCGAUGAGUAGUGUAGUUUACGGAACAAGGAUAAAGAAAUGUUCUGUUUUGAAUAUUGUUAAAUAUUUAAUAUUUUUAAGCCAAUGUUUUGUUUUACAUUAGUUUAUAUUAAUUACCAGUGGCGGUCCCAGGAUUUCAUUUUGGGGAGGGGGGAUGACCACCGGGGGGUAUGGAAUAUCCCCCAGAAAAAAGAGAGUUAAAUGUGGAAUGUAAAGCCUAAAAAACCUAAAAUAUGCUCAAGCUAGUAUUUAUGUUAGCCAAUAAAAUAUAAAAUAUUUGGGGGGGGGGGAUAUGUCCCUCCCAUCUCUGGACUGCCUGACACUGCACCUCUGGGACUGCCACUGCUAAUUACUCUUACUCCACGACUUGUUAGGGGUUUAGUCCUACUCAUUGGAAAUAAGAUGGUUGGAUAUUAGAUAAGAUAAACUUCAAGUAGUUUAAGAAAGCCUUUUUAAAGCUGAGUGUUGUUGAUGGGAUCCUGCAUUAGAUUUUUGUUUUACAUACCACAAUUAUAAUAAAAUAUUAUUAUUUUGAGACGUAAAUUCUUGAAUUUCUGUUGUUUUGAAUUUCUUGUUUAAACAUGAAAAUAGAAUAUUUUAUUCAAAUUACUUUUAAAACUUGACACUGUGUCCUUUGAGUUGUUUCGACCAAUGUAAAAUCUUGCAGGCAACUUUGCAGGAGGGUAUUAAUCAUGUUGGGAGUGUGCAUUUAAAGCCUUAACAUUCUUUACUUUUAUAGUAUUGCUGCAUUUAUUUGGAACUUAAUCAUAAUGUGCAAAGUACACUUGAUCCUAACAUACUGAGUGAGUAUCUUGUAAGUAAAUUCUGUGAAAUGUUUCUAUGGGUCAAAAUAAAUAGAAAAUCAAGAAUAACAUUUUUCUCCAUAAUCACUUACUAGAUGUCCACCAUUUUGUAUUUUUUUAAUCAACAUUUUUAUCUUUGGAUUAGGGAUGGACGGGAUUGAAUUUUUAGUUCGGGACGGGAUUUUUAUUUCCUUCCCGAUUUUCGGGACGGGACGGCACGGGAUUUUUUUCUUUGCAUAAAAAGAAAGUCUUGAGUAUUGCAGUUACCAAAAAAGGCAUACAAAAUCAAUCUUUACCGUUUGUGGCACUGAUCUAUAAAAGCCAAAAAAAUGGGUAACAAUUUACAGGUACCUAUAGAAACUUGUGACUCGCGGUUGAAAUGACUCGCGGUCACGGUGCGAUCGUCAAAAUGACGGCGGUCACGGGGUGAUCGUUGGUAUGACUAGCGGUCACCGCGCGAUCGUCGGUAUGACUCCGCGGUCACGUCGUGAUCGUCGGUAUGACUCCGCGGUCACAUCGUGAUCGUCGGUAUGACUCCGCGGUCACGGGGUGAUCGUCGGUAUGACUCGAGGUCACGGCGCGAUCGUCGGUAUGACUCCGCGGUCACGGCGUGAUUGUCGGUAUGACUCCGCGGUCACGGGGUGAUCGUCGGUAUGACUCGCGGUCACGGCAUGUUCGUCGGUAUGACUCAUGGUCACGGCGCGAUCGUCGGUAUGACUCUGCGGUCACGUCGUGAUCGUCGGUAUGACUCCGCGGUCACGGCUUGAUCAACGGUAUGACUCCGCGGUCACUGGGUGAUCGUCGAUAUUACUCGCGAUCACGGCGUGAUCGUCGGUGUGACUCCGCGGUCACGGCGUGAUUGUCGGUUUGACUCCCGGUCACGGCGUGAUCGUCGGUAUGACUCUGUGGUCACGGCGUGAUCGUCGGUAUGACUCACGGUCACGGCGCGAUCGUCGGUGCGGUCACGUCGUGAUUGUCGAUAUGACUCCGCAGUCACGUGGUGAUCGUCGGUAUGACUCGCGGUCACGGCGUGAUUGUCGAAACGACUUCGUCUCCUGCGUUCGCGGACCUAUCGCUCGUAAUAGCGGCGUCAUCGGCACUCGCAAAGCGGCAAAAUCGCCGGCGAUCGGACUAAAAUAAAUCCUGUCCCAAAAAAUUCCCGAAUCAAAUGUAAUCCCGUCCCGAUAAUCGGGAAUUUUUUUUCCUGAAAAAUUCCCGAAAUUUCGGGACCCGUCCAUCCCUACUUUGGAUUGUUCAAACUGACCUUUAUGAAACUUGGUAUGUAAGUAGAAUAACCUAUGUGAAUAGAAUAACUUGGUCCAAUUCAAAAUGGCUGUCUAUUUCUCGUUUUCUUUUGUUUGACUCAUAGAAUCAUUUCCCGGAAUUUGGCUGUUUACUUAUGGAACACUCUGUGUAAGAGUUCAUUUAAGCACCUGUUGCUUAGCUUCAUGUUGUUUUUCAGCAACACUUAGUUUAUCAAAGCUGCUUGUGUGUCUUCAAGUGAAAAUUGUAAUGCGUAGAGUAUUAACAGUUUUUUGUGACACAAUGUUUCAAACACUCAUCCUUCACUCAUAUUUCUGUUAAAAUACACACCUAGUGGCAUCCCCAUCUUAAAUAAUUGACAUAAUUGAUAAUGAGCUUAUAUUAUUUUGUAUUAAAAAGUUUAUUCUCGUGGUAUUAUUGUAACUGUAGAAGUAGUUUUUGGUAAAUAUUAAUUAGGUACCGGUAGUAGGGUUAUAACCUAACAUCUUCAACUAAGUAUGUGUUUGAUAUUUUGAUUUUACUAACACUCAAUAUAUAAACAACCAUGUACUCAGAAUAACUGACAAAUUUGGUUCUUUUUAAAAUAAAAUAAUUUUAAUACA